UUUUCAUUAAGAAUGUCCCAAAAGGCGCUAGUGUGCUUCACCACAGGUUUUCAAUUUACUCAUUAAUUCUUUUGGCGGUGUAUACUCAAAUUUCCACGAAAAACCUAUUUUUUAGUAUUUCAAAUUUUAUUAAUUAUUUACAGUUGUUUUUUAGUUGUUCCAUUUUUUUUCAUAAUGGCUAAAUGGGGAGAAGGAGACCCUCGAUGGAUUGUUGAGGAACGUCCAGACGCCACCAAUGUUAAUAAUUGGCACUGGACUGAAAAAAAUGCAUGUCAGUGGUCAAAAGACAAACUUAAUGCUUUAUUGGUUGGUAUGAUUUUAGAAAAUGAUGUAGCGAGAUGUGAAAUUGUAAACAUUGAAACUUGUGAAGGAGAAGCUGUUGCUAAUAAUCGAAAGGGAAAGCUAAUAUUUUUUUAUGAAUGGGAUUUAACAUUAGCUUGGAAAGGACAAUUAAGUGGUUUUGAUAAAUGUAUUGAAGGCACCAUUAAUAUACCAAAUUUGAGUGAAGAAAAUAGUGUAUCUGAAAUUGAGAUUAAUAUUUCAUUGAAAGAAAUUUCAAAUGAAGCAAAUAUAGUAAAAGAUUUUCUUUAUCAUCAUGGACGAAGUAAAAUUCGUGAUCAAUUGGAACAAUAUAUUAAGGAUUUAAAAGAAGAAUUUUCCAAAGGCAUGAUUUUACCAAAAAAAGACAUUGAGAAUUCUUCAAAACUUAAACUGUCCAAAGAAUCAUUGAAUAGAAUUCACAAUUCUGAAAACGGGGCAAAAGAAGAUAAUACUAAAUCUAAAAUAGAUACUACUACUGUUGUUAUGGAUGUUGUAUUUCAAUGUUCUGGUGAUGAUUUUUACAAUGUGCUCACUACACCUGAUCUUGUAUCAGCCUUUACUCAUCAAUCUGUUAAAUUUCAAGCAGUUAAAGGUGGAAAGUUUCAAUUGUUUGAUGGAAACAUAACUGGUGAAUUUAUUGAACUUUGUCCCGGUAAAAAAAUUGUCAAAAAUUGGAGAACUAAGCAAUGGCCUGAUUGGUUGUAUUCUACUGUAACUGUUAAUAUAAAUCAGCAAGAAGACCACACAAAAGUUAAAGUUACUCUUGUAGGAGUGCCUAAAAGUGAUGAAGCUGUUACUCGUCAAAAUUGGGAGAGGUAUUACUUUACGCCCAUUAAAAGAACUUUUGGUUAUGGCAUAUUAUUAUGAGGUUGAACACUGAAUUCUUUAAUAUAAUUUUUUGUAUUUAUUUUGGAAAAAUAUUCGACUUUAAAAAUGUUUUGCACUUUGCUCGUUUAUGUGAUUACUUUAAAAUAUUGUAACACAUUUUCAAACGUUACUUACAGUCCUUAUAGAUGUUAAUGACUUAGGUUAAAACUCUCUUCAAUUUUCAAUUUCAGUCUUCUACAAUUUAAUGUUAUCUACAGAAUUUAAAUU